AUAUAUAUUUUGAAAGAACGAAUAUGGCCUGUAAAUUUAGUACUAUUUUAUAAAUCCUUUUCUUAUAUAUUUACUUAAUACAAUAUUUUAUAAAAUUGUAUAUUAAGGCUAAACGUUUGCAGUUCAUAGGCAUUUGCAUAACAUUGUUUAUGCAAUUAGUUUAUUUCCUAAAUAAAAAUCAAUUACAAGUUAUAUAUAAAAAAAUGACACUGUCAUAAAAAAAUAUUUUUUAUAGAAACAAUUUUAUACGUAGUGUUUUAUAAUGGAAGAAGCGUAUUGUACGAGAAAAAUUCCGCUUCGACGUUCAAUUUCUAGCAUUGGUUUCAACUCUACAAACACAAACGUUGGAAUUCGUGAAGCAAAAUCGUUCACGGGAGCUCUAGAAGAACUAAAGCAUGUUGAGAAGCAAAAGCGACAAGAGUGCAAGGAAGCCGAACAUAUUACAAAGGAAGUUUCAACUGACAAAGUAUUUGUCGUUAGACACGAAAUGUUAAAUUACAGAGGAAAACAAUAUUCUAUGAGCGAUAUAGCGACGCGAUGGAAAAAGGACUGCAGGAUGUGGCUCUGGAAGGGUAAUUUUACCAAGAGAAAUAAAUCGGUGUCGGAUAUAAAGGAAAGAAUGCAAUCACUACGUUUACCAUCAUCGGAAGCAUUCCAACGGAUUUCUUAAACGUUUAAACUUUAUUUAUAUAUAUAUUGCCAUUUUUAAUAUUUUAAAGAAUUUUCAAAAGGGAA